AUCGGCCCCCGGCUCCUCCUACUCCGCAUUUCGAAUUCCCCCGAUUCCACAGCAACGUUUCUCACACAGCAAGCGAGAGAGGCGUCAGCGUCAGCAUCCUUUCCUCCCCUCCCCCCUCGUGGCACCCGACGGGCAGGCAUGGCGGUGGCGGAAGUGGAGGCGGGGGCGGCUCCUCCGAUCGCGGCGUUCGCGGUGGCCAAGGGCGGCGUCGUGCUGAAGCACAUCUUCCUCAACGCGCCGCCGCCGGAGGAGGAGGCGCGGCGCGGCCGGGGUGGGGAUCGGGAGGAGGGCGAGGACCCGCCGGUGCUGUUCGGGCGGCACCCCGACUGCCACGUCCUCGUCGACCACCCCAGCGUCAGCCGCCGUCACCUCGAAGUCCGCUGCCGCCGCCGCCAGCGGCGGAUCACCGUCACCGACCUCUCCUCCGUGCACGGGACCUGGGUCUCGGGUCAAAGGAUCCCGACGAACACGCCGGUGGAGCUGGCGGUCGGUGACGUGCUGCAGCUUGGGGGCUCCAAGAGGGAGUACCGGCUUCACUGGCUUUCGCUCCACGAGGCACUUGAGAUGGACGAUCUGCUGCCACCACUUAUUGAGGAGGAUAAGGAGGAGUUCUGUGCUCAUCAGGAGGCAAGCAAGGAGUUGGUGCCUGCGCAGACGGAGCCAAUGGACAUGGAAAAUCACCAGGAGACAGGCCAUCAAGUAGUGUCUGAACAAAUUGAAUAUCCUCCCAAAGUCAUCCCCUCAGCUCCACCAUUGCCUGGGUUCGCCCAUUCUUUUUAUCUGGAAGAAUCUUCACUCACACAAUUUGAUGAGAACAGAGAGAGGGUCAUAGAGGAACUGAUGUUUAGUGACAAUUCAGUCACACAAUCUGUUUGCUCCUCAAUAAUACCGUCAUUGCCCGCUACAAUUGCAAAUGCUGGAACAACAGUCCAAUCAGACAAACAGGAUGCUUCAGGCACCAUUUCCCGGAGGGCCAAGUUAAAGUCAGUCAAAUCUCUCCGUAUUUACACAGGAAGGAAAAACAGCACUUUGAGCAACAGCUAUCAGAAAGAAGCCCAGAAUGAGAAUCUUUUGUGCUCUCAAAACUGUGGGAAAGGAUGUGCAGCCUGCAUGGUUUUGUUUGACAAUUCUGAUGUCAAAGAAGCUGAAGAAAAAGAAAACAUGUUUGCACCAGAAAAAGAGCACAUGAACUCCCAUGUCUUGGACAACAUUACCAUGGAGGAGAAUCAAGUGCCGAACCCUCUGAAAUCUGAGCAUUUGGAUAAGGAAAACUCCAUGCUAAGUUUUGUCAAGGAGACAAACCAGCAUGGCAUUUUCUCUGAAAAUUCUGUCCCACAAGGUUCAGUUGAUGCAAAACUACAGAUGAGGUCAGAACCAAUGAAUUACGUUUCUGCUUUGCUUUUCAAAGAUGAGAUCUUCGCAGGCAAAGGACCACAGCUGGAUGUACGACUGGAAUCACAUGAGCAUGUGUCAGAAAAUUCUUUCACCCAAGACAGAGUUGAUGGAAAUACAAAUAAGCACAAAGACAUGAAGCAUGAUGGUUUCUCCCAUCUUAAACUGGAUGGAAGUAUCCCAAACAAGGAUAAAAUGGCCCAAAAUAAGAUUGCCGUGUGUCCUCAGGACUGCGAUCUUGAAGGCAUAAUUUAUGAUAGUCUAUUUGACAAUUUGGAUAUCAAAGGAACUGAAGAAAAUGAACAGAGCAACCUACUGGACAAGGAGAACACCACUCCCCUUGUUUCGGGCAACAUAAUAAUGGAGAGGAGUCAGCUACUGUUGAAGCCUAACAGAUCCCAAGAGUUGUUGGACUCCAUUUCCCCUCUGAGUUUGGAACAUGACACCUUUUCAGAUAGUGAAAACUCCAUGCUGAACAUUGGGAAGCAGAUGAAGUCAAAUGAACUUAUAUCUGAAAAUGUUAUCCCAUCAAUUUCAGUUGAAACAGAGUUUAUGCCCAUGUCGCAUCUAGAUUUUGAAAAUGACAUCAUUCCAUACAAUGAAAACUCAGUGCUGGGUUCUGGAAAGUAUGAUGCUGCUAUCUCCCCUGUGAGACAAGGAGACCUUUUUCCAGAUGAGAAUGUGACACCUGCCUCCAGGGGUCGCAAGCCCAUUGCUGGAAAGGCUCUUGGCUCAAGGAUGGACAGUUUGGUGUUAGCAGAAUACACUUCAAACAUCAGCGUCCAUAAACGGGAAUGCGGUGAACUUUCAUCAGAGUAUGAUGCUAUCUCCCCUGUGAGACAAGGAGACAUCUCUUCAGACAAGGAAAAUGUGACACCUGCCUCCAGAGGUCUCAAGUCCAUCGGUAGGAGGGUUCUUGGCUCGAGGAUGGAUAGUUCAAUGUCAGCAGAAUACCCUCCAAACAGGAGCGUCAAUAAACAGGAAUGCAAUGGUCUAUCAUCAAAAUCCAAAGGUUUCCACACAGUAGAUGAUGAGGCUUUCUAUUCAGAUAAGGAGAACUUGACACCUAUGUCAACAGGAGGUAUGAAAGCGAGAAGAUGUCUUCCAAAGAACCUAUUUCCGGUGGAUGUAGACCAAGAUCAAGAGGUAUUCUACUCCGACAAGGAGAACUCUACACCAGUAUCUUCUGUAGCUCAGAAAACAAGAGAUACUCCUAUGUCUGAAAACCGUGCACGAAUUGAAAGUGUCAUCACAAAGAAACGGGUUGUAGAGAGGUUCCCCUUCCAAACUCUGGUGUCAAAUUCUCCCUCGAGACCUAAUGCUAGAGCAGCUGACGUGUCAUUCAGGUUGGAAGAUGAACUGAACAGUCUUCCACACAAGAACCAAGAAUCUGAUAGUAUUGGAGAAGGGAUGAAAGUCUGGACCAUGGUGGCUGAUACCUAUUGUGUUCUUGAUGAUGAAUCAAGGAAGUCUAUAAUGCUGUUAAGAGGCAUAAAAGGAACUCAUCUCAUCAUACCAAGGAUUGUGAUCAGGGAGCUCGAUUGCAUGAAACAGCGGGAAGGCCUGUUCAGGAGAUCCUCAAAGGCCACCUCCAUACUCCAAUGGAUCGAGGAUUGCAUGGAGAACGAGAGCUGGUGGAUCCACGUGCAGAGCUCAUCCGAGAUGUCGCCUGUAGCCCCAACCCCACCUGCAACUCCUACAGAAAUGCAACGCAACGAUGAAGGAAGAGAAGCCGCUGCUGCCGGUACCUUCAACCCAAUGUUUGCCCUCUUCUCCCCGAGGAGCUUCACGGACAUCGUUACCCCGAGGACCGAAGACCGUGUCCUCGACUGCGCGCUCCUCUUCCAAAAGCUGAGAGGCAGCCAGAAGAACAUGGUCAUCCUGUCCAACAGCGUCGCCCUCAAGAUCAAAGCCAUGGCAGAGGGCUUGUUGUGCGAGGGGGCCAAGGAGUUCCGGGAGACGCUGAUGAACCCUUGCUCCGGCAGGUUCAUGUGGGCGGCGAGCGCGCCGAGGGGGGCGGCGUGGUUGCGCCUUGAUGAGGCCGCCCUGGCAGAGAACUACUACAACAGCCACCACCACCAUGGAUCCCGGAGGACGCCGACGCCAAGGCCCGUUGAGUCUGCCAGGGGGCUCAAGCUGAUCCUGCUGCACAACAGCUCCUCCCUCCACCCGCACAACGGCGGUCGCCGGGAAGAAUAAGAAGACGCCAUUCCUGGUGAUCGCAACCUUGAGCACUCCAAUACAUGGCGCUUGUAAAGUAUGAGAGUUUCCUCCUGGGAUGAAACAUUUUGGUGUAGGUAUGAUUUCCUUGCCUGGUGGGACGCGUGAGGACUGAACGUGAGAGCGACUGUCUGAACCUUUGCUUGCUUGUCGAUGGACAUGGACGAGUCUACUUUGUGCAUGUUGAACGAUCAAUCGAUCGUCCUCUUCUCCCAUCGACUGAUGUAACUAGCACCAACUCGAGCGGCAGCUUCACGUGGAGAUAUUGCAGCACUCAAGAAGCGAAUCCCUGGAUUUUCAUUAAUCUCAGCUGUACUCUGGCCUACUCUGGCCUGUGUGUAUAUAUUACUUGACAGGCACUAGCUAGGAUGAUUACAUGUCCCUUAAGCUAAACUGCGGCCAAGGCUUGCAGCUGUGUUUCGACA